AUGAAGGUCGGCAUUCAUGCAGCAGGUGCUUGCGAAGGCUCUCUGGGUGCUGCCUCUCUAGGGGCAAACCGCGACGCUCCUGUGCCACGUAUGACGUCCAGUGUACGAUCUGAUGAGCGACCCCUCGCCACGCAAGGGGAUAUGCUUAAUAGCAUCAAGUUCGAAAGAAGAUUCCGCGAAGCUAUGCUAUCGGAAAGACCUGUUUUUGAGAAAAACUGGAAGCCUGGCGUAAAUAAUGUUAGCUCUAGGACGAGCAAAGUGAACACGAAUUUGAACAUGAAAACGGAUAAUGUGAACAAACCUCAAGCAACGAGCCCAAACCCAGUUUCCAGCAGCAGAGACGACAGGUCGCGGACACGAAGUUUCUUCAGUCCAUCACGUCCCAUGUCGCCGAAGGGGCGACGGAACACGCAGACCUCUAGUUAUUGA